CCAGCCUCCUCCCCCGCCUGUCCAGGGGCGGCACUGCGGGCUGGGAAGCCGGGACCAGAGGAGGGAAGGAAGGAAGGAAGGAAGGGAAGAGAAGAGAAGAGAAGAGAGAAGAGGGAAGGAAGGAAGGAGAAGAAGAGAAUCCGGAGGAGCAGAGGAAGAAGCCAGACAGGCAGGCGGGAGGAGAGAGGACGGCACUCGUGAGGCAGCAUCCAAAGGCCAGAGUGGGGACCCGUGCUGCCUCAGCUGCUCCUCGGAUGGUGACGGGGCCUCGCCGCGGCCGCAGCCCCCCCGCGACCCGGCUCCGCAGGCCCACAGCGCCGGAGCCCCGCAGGAAUCAUGCCCAGGUCUUUCCUGGUCAAGAAGGUCAAACUUGACACGUUCUCCUCGGCAGACCUCGAGAGCUCCUACGGGCGCGCCCGCAGCGACCUCGGAGUGCGACUGCACGAGAAAGGAUACCUCAACGACUACGCGGGGCCCGCCUCCGUCUACGAUGGCGACGCCGAGGCGGCAUUGCUUAAAGGGCCGUCCCCGGAGCCCAUGUACGCUGCGGCCGUGCGGGGAGAGCUGGGCCCGGCGGCCGCGGGCUCGGCGCCGCCGCCCACCCCGCGCCCGGAGCUGGCCACAGCCGCGGGCGGCUACAUCAACGGCGACGCGGCCGUCAGCGAGGGCUACGCGGCUGACGCCUUCUUCAUCACCGACGGGCGUUCGCGCCGUAAGGCUGCCCACGUCAACGCCAACGCAGCCGCCGCCCCCUCAACGGCCUCGGCUGCGGCCCCCGACGGCGACGGUGGAGGUGGGGCCGGGGCGGGCGCGCGAGCUGCAGGGCCAGGGGCUGGGGGCCGGGGCGGCGCUGGCCGACACGCUUGCGGCGAGUGCGGAAAGACGUACGCCACGUCGUCGAACCUGAGCCGCCACAAGCAGACACACCGCAGCCUGGACAGUCAGCUGGCGCGGCGCUGCCCGACGUGCGGCAAGGUGUACGUGUCCAUGCCGGCCAUGGCCAUGCACCUGCUCACGCACGACCUGCGCCACAAGUGCGGCGUGUGCGGCAAGGCCUUCUCCAGGCCCUGGCUGCUGCAGGGCCACAUGCGCUCCCACACCGGCGAGAAGCCCUUCGGCUGCGCGCACUGCGGCAAGGCCUUCGCUGAUCGCUCCAACCUGCGCGCGCACAUGCAGACCCACUCGGCCUUCAAGCACUUCCAGUGCAAGCGCUGCAAGAAGAGCUUCGCGCUCAAGUCCUAUCUUAACAAGCACUACGAGUCGGCCUGCUUCAAGGGCGGCGCCAGCGGCGGUGGCCCCGCAGCCCCGGCGCCCGCCGCGCCGCCGCAGCUCAGCCCUGUGCAGGCCUAGGGCGGCGGUGCCUCCGUCAGCCGGGUCGGCUCUCAGCAAUACGGGCCCCCAGGGAAGUCUCCGCGGGCGCUCGGGCGGAGGGGCCGGAGGGUGGGCCCCUCCUCACAGCAAUAGGGGGAGGGGGCCCGGCCCGGCCCCACCCGCCGGGGGCCUUGCCGGCCCCUUCAAGCAAUAGGGUCCCGAGGGGAGACCCAUCCCGAGCCCCCUCCCUUCCCCUCCAGGGUGCCCCAGGCUUUUUCCCAGCAAUAGGGUCGAGGAGACCCAGGAUCGAACCUCAUCUCCGAGUUAGGUUUCUGAAGACGGGGGUGGGGUGAGGUAGGGAGCGCCCCCUCCUCCCUCCUCUGCGCCCCUGGAUCGCGUCGCAGAGACUCAGGUCUUCCCCACCCCUUCCCAAGCCUUCCAGGGCCAGGCCUGCGGCCUAGACGUCCAGGGAGCCGGUCCCUCCCCGGCAGCAGACCCAGGGAGGAGCAGGAGGGUGGCCUGCAGAGGCGAUUCUAUUCCUCAGUCUUACCUGAACCCCGGGAGUGUUAGACACGUUGGGGAUCGGGGAGGGGGGCGGACAGCGGCACCCCUUUCCCUCGGGUUUCUUCUGGGGCCUCAGUCCGAGCCGCUCUCUUUCCCUCGCCUCGCAUCCUCUGCCAAAUCCGAAUUCUUCCAGCCCAGAUUCCAGGGCUCUGUCCUCCAUAACGAAUAUAAUGACACAUAUCGAAUCGCAUGGACUUAUCCGACCUCCUCAGACCCCGUUCCUGCCCUGCCCCGGGGCCCCCUCCCUCGUACCCGGGCAUUCGGUGUUGGAGGACGGAUUCCUGGGGCCCGGCAGGCAGGCCUGGGCACGGCCCUCUACACACCUCUCUGUAUUUGCUUUGCGGGUAAAGCCCCCUGGGGGGGUUGCGGAUGCGUCGGGUUUCUUUCUUUCUGUAUUUGUACGUUUUAUUUAUGAACGGAUUGCACUCGGGUCAGGGAAGGGGCGCUGAGGCCGCAACCUUCCCGCCGACGCCCGGGGCUUGGGAUGUCCAGGAUCACUUUCCCCGCCCCUGAACCCCGCCUCCACCUGGGCUCCGCCUCCUGGGAGCCUCAGGCCCCGCCUCUCAGAGGCCGGCCCCUCCCCCGAGCCUCAGGCCCCGCCCCCACAGUUGCCAACUUUCGCCCGUCUAUGCCAAAGCCUCGGCGGCGACCCCGCCCCAAGGGCCCGCCCCAUUGGCCGUCGCCUUUGUGACGUCACUGCAUGCAGCCCCAACCCUCCUCCUAUCCCUUCCCGGGGCUGCCCGCUCCCUCCCCCACUUAGUUAGUCUGAUGCCGACUAUAGAGCAAUAAUGCGCACUGCAUGCGAAGCUGCCGCCGCCUCUAGAGUUACUGAGAAUCAGGUAUUCCCCUGCCCUACCCACCCCAUAGGCCCCUAGAUCAGGGACGCUGCGCGGGGCCGGACGCGCAGACUUUCUUCCCCCUCCUAUUCCCUAUCCCCCCACCCCACGGCAGAGCCCGGCGGUAUAAUGAUUCCAGGGGCAGGGGCGGUGUAAUUGCCUCCAAGACCCCUUCCUCAGUCGUCCAUCACGUGCCGACCGUUCAUUGGGUACCUGCUAUGUGCCAGGGCCGCGGCGACCUGCCGAGGUGUGCAUAUUCGUGACGGGCGUGACGGGCUUGGGUGCGCCAGGGACGGCCGCAGAUGCAGAGAGAGAGAGGCCGGGUCCUUACACCCAACCUGGCGCCUCCCCUCCGCCCCAGCACCCCACCCCAGUCCAGUGUUGGGCGCAGUCCGGCUCUGCCUUUGACUUGGGCCUGGCGUUCUCAGCUCGGGUGGCACAGACCUGGGGCCAAGGCCCAGGGCCGCCCAUAUCGACUCCCAGUUCUUCCAUCCCCUAACUACUGGCUCUGCCGUGUUCGUCCAGAGCCCUAGGCUAAACGGAAAGGUUAUGACUUGGCCAGCCCCAUCCCCGUGGGAACCAAGCCCCGCUGCUGCCCAGCUACACCCGCAGAGGCGGACCCGAGGGCCCGGCAGAGCAGGGCCCAUGUCCCAACCCCCCACAUCCCAGCUCUGUACCCACACAGCUCCCAAGCCGGGGCCUGCCCGCCUGUGCCGGGCAUACCCGCAUGCACACGCACACACAGGCGCCCCAACCUACCCCCCCACGCCUGUCUACCUACCUAAGGAGAAGGCCAGAGGGCCGUGGGCAGGCCAGGGUCUCCCGCUUCACCCCACACCCCGCCGCCGUGGAAAGCCAUGGGCCCCCUCCCGCCCCCAUAACUAAGCAGCACAAUAACCGACUUAGCGAAUUCAGGUAGAAGGAACGUUUAGGUAGCACCUAUUUUGUACUGAUUCUACGAGUAGGGCCCGAGAUGCGGGGCCCUCGGGUGGGGGCUGCGGCCACCGGCCCGCCUCGCCCCCACCCCCGCCUGCGCCCCGCCGCCUUGUACAUACUCCCACCCGGAAUAGGCCGGGUUUUUUACUCGGGCCGCGCCUCUCUUCCGCCCCCGUUUGGGGCCGGGCCGGCCGGACAGACGGACGGACGGACAGACCUCCUUCCUAAGCACAAUAGCACCAGCUCCCCGGAGCGCCGCACCUCCACGAGGAGAAUAAAUGCCACUCUUGAUAGAA